UCCUCUUUCAUUUCUCUCUCCCUGUCAUUUCGUUUCCCUUCGUGUAGAAGAAACGAAAUCAACGAAAGUCUCUCUGCAACUUCAACGAUACUUCUUCACAGUCGCUAACCCUAAUAAACCAAUACAACACUCUUUCUUUCUCAUCCUCAAACCCUUGUUUUUCCUCUUCUCGUCAUCAUCAUCAUCAUCACUCUUAACUCUCAGAUUGCCUGUUUAGAUCGGCAAAAUGGUUUCGUUCGAGAUGAAUGACAGAAAAAAGAUCGGGCUUGGAUUGACGGGGUUCGGCAUUUUUUUUUCAUUUCUGGGAAUCAUAUUUUUCUUUGACAAGGGACUUCUAGCCAUGGGAAAUAUCCUCUUCUUGUCAGGGGUGAUGCUGACCAUUGGACUGAAAUCCACCAUGCAAUUCUUCAUGAAACGACAGAAUUACAAGGGUACAAUCUCUUUCGGUGUUGGCUUCUUCUUUGUUCUCAUUGGAUGGCCCGUCAUUGGUAUGAUCUUGGAGGCAUAUGGAUUUAUUGUCCUUUUCAGUGGGUUUUGGCCAACACUCGCGGUGUUUCUACAACGGAUACCCAUUCUUGGCUGGAUAUUCCAACAACCGUUUGUGACAUCGUUCAUGGAUAAGUACAGAGGCAAGAGAGUUCCUGUCUAAGCAUGCUGAACCAUUAUCAAUGUAAAGAGGUCUUUCCUUUUGACGGCCAUGUACAAAUACUGUCUGACCCAGUCGCAAUGUCAUGAAUUCUUUAGCAUUGUUACUGGUGAAAAUGUUUGAUCGAUGAUGAUAUGACCUACAUGUGUAUAAAACCAUGUUUUGUUAUUCUUCACCUGGUUACCACUUUCACAUUUGUUGAUAUCUUCUGAGCCAGUUAAUUUGAAAUUGGACAACAUCAAUGGCAUUUUCCAUUGCAUUAA